AAAGUCCUGCUCUCAGGGCAGGAGGCACAGAGCAGGGAGGCAGGUGAAAUGUGGCCUGACAGGUCUGAUGGGAUCACAGAGAGACUCAGUGAGAGGCAGAGGCAGGGACAGGGAGAGGCAGGGAGGCUGCUGAGUGACUGACAAGCCACCCAGGUAGAUUGAGGAGCAGUACGGCCUGAAUUAAGACAAUGUCGUUGUUCUGUUUUUGUUGCUGAGUGUGGGACUGGAUUGCACCUGGCUGGUCAUUUCACUGACUGAGAGGGGGGACCCUGUGGAAACCCACCACCACCUCCACUAGCAGACUUGACAGAGUGGAAUUUCCCUCUUUUUCCCUGGCUGGAGCCUGGGGCAGAUGGUCGCUGUGAAAGUCUGAGCAGAACUCAGGAAGGAGAGUGAGGGGACGGGAAGGGUGGGAGGAAGGCUGGAGCGGGAGAGGAAGAGAAGCGAGCAGUGGACAGAAGAGGAGACAUGCUUCGCUACGGUUCAGGACGAACUGUUUCCACCACCACCACCACAACAGAGGACUCUGAGGAGUCUUCAAGUGAGAGGAGGAUCAGGCGCCUGAGGUUAACUCUACACGCGGGAGAUAAUGGAAACAAGGAUCCAAAACCUGCCAACUCAGACACAACUGACAAAGAAAAAGAUGUCAAUGGCAGAUGGAAGAAGAAGAACGGGCUGGUCCAACGAGAGAGGCCGGCUGGCAGGGAGUCACCUCAGCCGCACCUCGGAGACAUGACCAAUGGGGUGCCAGAGAACUCGUUGCAGCAUCAUGGGCCUAAAGUGUACGGCGUAGUGCAGAGGACGGGCUCGGACAGGCAGCAGGAGCUGAUGGCGCGUGAGUGGACCGUCAGUCACCUUCAUGAUGAGAUGAGGUACAUCAAGGAGGUGAGAGACUCCCUGGAGAAGGUGAGAGAGCGGAUGUACGGGCAGUUUGGAGGAAUGCAGCAAUCAAUGCAGAAGCUAUCACAGGAAAUAAGGACCUCCAACUUACACCGGAGGAGUCUGGAGUCAGAGGUUAAGGUUCGUACAGCAGCCAUGGAGAACUUUGAUCAGAUGAACAGCUCCCUUAUAUCUGCUAACAUUGACCUUCAGAAAUCCGUUCUGGAGAACUGUCAGAGUCGAGUGCAGCUGAAAGAGGAGGUGAAGAGUUUGCGGAGCACCUGUGACAAAACACAAGAAAAGCUCAGAGACAAGGAGCAGGAGCUGGCUGCAGCACAGGCAGAAAACCAAGCGCUGAGACAUCAGGUGGAGUCUUCACAGAAAACAAACAGUCAGGCGCUGCAGGAGCUUUCUGAAAAACUGCAGAGGGAGUAUGAGGAAAAGCUGCAGCAGGAACAACAGAAACACAGGGAGGAGAUUGAAAAGCUACAGGCUCAACUCGAUGAGUACAUCAGGCGACUGGAGGAAGCAGAGAGAAACAUCCAGAUAGGAGAGGCCAAGAUUGCCGAGAGAGACCAGAGGAUCAUUGAAGUGGAGCGUCUCCUGGACUGUAUGGGAAAGGAGAAGGGUCAACUCCAAAAGAAGCUUCAGGAGUGUGAACAGCGUCUACGUCUGAUGGAGCUGACAGAUAAAACGGAUGCAACUGCAGCCAAAAGGUCCAAAGAGCUGCAGAGUGAAGUCACGGAUCUACGGGAGAGAAUUAAACACUUGAACGACAUGGUGUUCUGUCAGCAGAGGAAAGUCAAGGGAAUGAUUGAGGAGGUUGAAUCCCUGCGGGCUAAAGUUGCUCAGAAGGAUAUGUUCAUCUCUGAGCUUCUGGACAGAAUUGCAAUAGUGGAGUGUGAGAAUAAUGAAUUAGAAGACAAGCUCAAGUAUUUUAUGUCCACACAGAAUAGGCAACGAGAGGUUUUGGAAACCAGGGAGAUAGGAGUAGGCUGUGAUCUACUCCCCAGACACGAAGCACAGAGGCAUGCUGUUAAACCUGUUCAGUUUGAACCAUCUCAUCUCCAUUCCACUCCACUUCCAUCACCUGUCCAACCUCCAUCACCAGUGAAUGCACCAUCACCCAUUCAAUCUCUGUCGCCCUCUCCACCUCUGUCGCCCACUCAACCUCUGUCGCCCACUCAACCUCUGUCGCCCACUCCACCUAUGUCGCCCACUCAACCUCUGUCACCCACUGAACCUCUGUCACCCACUCAACCUUUAUCGGCUACAGAAAGCCUUAUACAAUCGUCAUCCCAGACAGAACCUUCUUCUCCCACAUCUUCCAUUUAUCGUCAGUCACAUUACCUGACAAUGCCUGGCAGACCAAGGAUGUUCAAGUCUAACAACCCUCCACCCAGUAGGCUGGGUUCCAGUUUACUGAAAUAUACUCCUCUUGAAUACAGUCGCUUACUGGGGUCCAACUCCUCAGCACCGAGUGGUCCGCCCUCCGUCAGUCCCUCAUCUGAGUCUGAAUCUAAUGUGAGUCGUGUCCAGCCUGGAAGGGACGAGGUGGACAUAGAAACAAACUCAGAUACGCGAUCCAGCCAAGACAAGCCCACUUCAUCCUCGUCCCUUUCUCAACCAAGAUCGAGAACACCUCAAGUUUAUACACCGUUCAUGAAACUCAUGGAAAUGACAGCACAGAUAAACAUAGAGUAAUAGUUUGACAUUCUGGGAAGUCAAGACAUAAAUAUUGAGAUUGAUAGUAACUAUCAGGUCACAACCACCAGCUGGUUAGCCUAGCUCAAAGACUGGAGGCUGACGAAAACAGCUUACCUGCAGAGUUUGUCUGCAACUGAGAAAAACUGAACCUCCCAGCACUUCUUAACCUGUAUUAAGACAAAACAAUGCCACAAUAUGAAGGAUAUGGGAGAGAAAGUAGGAAAACCAGCACAAGCAAGAGGAAGUCCCUGCUCCCAGUCAAAAAACUACACCUAUCCAGAAUCCCCUACUAAAUGGUCCAAUGAUUAUAUAGAUCACAGAAUGAGUUAGCAAGUUCAUUAGUGAGUUUUAAAGAUGCUGUUAAGUUGGUUUUGUCACCUCUGGACAGAACAGAACCGACUUCUCUUUUCUCCCUAUUACCAGGCUUAACCCUAAACCAAAUUUAUUGUAGUUGCAGUUAGUUUAACACAAAGCUUGAGAAUUGUCAACUCUGGAGGAAGGCAAAUGUAGCAAUUGUCCUAAAAUGUUGAACUAUUCCUGUAAAAGGAGUCUAAUUUUGACUGUUGAUCGUCUUUUGUAAAGUUCAGCAUGAGGGGCACAGAAAUCAGUGUUGCAAGUAAUGCAAGUAAUUACUGUAAUUAGUAAUUAUGUGUCACAAAUGGUUGAAUGGAAGAAUAUUGUUGUCAGUGAUGUAAAACGUUUUCAUGUAGCUCUAGUAAUAAUAUUAAAAAAAAUGUUGUAAAUAAUCUGUAAAAAAUGUUUUUAAAUAUUAUACUGAAGAGUUAUAUAUACUUUUGUUUACAGUGAAUGUAGCCUUUCCCCGUUAUGUUGCUACAAGCAUUGAGUCUUCAUAAAGGUUGAUGAUGUUAUUGUGCAUAUUUUCCUAUCAUUUUAUAUUUGCUAUGUACAAAUGAAAGUAUUUUGUUAUUGUCACAUUAUGUACAUAAUAUUUAUUAACAUGUGCCUUUGUAAACAGCCUGCUAACUGAUACUGGUGGUGGGUAAGAAUCUCUUUAAAUUGAUGAUAGAAGAUAUGGUAGGAAUGUUAUGCUAUUAUGAAAUGCUUCAAUCACUUUAAUGAAGUUAACUUAGUGACUGCCAUUCCUGAGCCACAGGCACAAGUAUUAUCCAAGCAUUAUUGUCUCUACUGCCACUGCUUUACAACGUGCCUUUUCCUUAAUGAAACAUAUCAAACUGCGACUAAUGAUGAGAGGCCAGCAUUAUGUUUGGAUAAUAAAGACUAUACUGUGCAGGUA